AGUUUGUCAUUUUUGUAUUUCAGAUAUCAGAUUCUGAUUUUGCACAUGGAAUGAACUGAAAGUCCAACGCGUAGUGAGAGUGUAAGAGAGCCCCAAUAGAGAGCGCAAUAUCCCGGAGAGUGUAUCCCCCGCCGUGCCCCUUAUCAACACUUCACGCUGCACUUUCGCAGUGAGAGACGGAGAGUAAGAGAAAAAGUGGUUAAAGAGGGGACGAACACCCGGCUGUUAGUGUUAGUUGGGGCUCCUAAGAGAGAGCUAAAGCGAGAGAGACAAGUCUGGAAGCUAAACAACAAGCACCAAGCAAACACGAAAGAUAACGACUUGUUUCAUUUGAUAUUCGCCAGCCGGCAGAAGCGGAACAAACAAAAAAAAAGAAAAAACAAACUUCGGACGCCGCAGCUGCGGACACGAAAUUAGAAUACUUACGGCGACAAGUUAUCGCACAAAUUAGUACGCGAACGAGAAUUGCUACCGAGAUACGUCGGCGGACACCCGAAAUUUUUCCCAAAAACCAAGCUCAAGGAGAGGUUGAAGAACUAGAGCUUAGACAUGUUUACGAAAAUCUUUCGCGCUGUGAUAAUCGGAGCCCCCGGCUCGGGCAAAGGAACUAUUUCGGAAUUGAUCUGCAAGAACCAUGGAUGUGUGCACAUCUCCACGGGGGACAUUCUGCGCCAGAACAUCAUAAAAAACACAGAACUUGGAAAAAAGGCCAAGCAGUACAUUGCUGAAGGUAAACUGGUGCCCGACGCGAUUGUGACCAAGACGAUGCUGGCCCGGAUAACCGAGGUAGGCAACAGGUCGUACAUCCUAGACGGAUUCCCGCGCAAUAUAGCCCAGGCCGAGGCACUGGCUGCACGCGAGCAAAUCGAUGCCGUGAUCACGCUGGACGUUCCACAUAGUGUGAUUAUCGACCGGGUCAAGAAUCGCUGGAUCCAUGCGCCCUCCGGCAGGGUGUACAAUAUUGGCUUCAAGAAUCCCAAAGUGCCUGGCAAAGAUGAUGUGACGGGGGAGCCGCUGAUGCAACGCGAAGAUGAUAAACCCCAUGUGGUGGCCAAGCGACUGGAGCUCUACGAUGAGGUGAUGAGCCCGGUAAUAGCCUGGUACGAAAAGAAGGGUCUGGUUGCCACUUUCAAGGGAAAACAGACAAAGGAGAUCUGGCCGAUGAUGGAGCUUUUCCUCAACGACCGCAUAAAUGCGUAAUGGAGCAACCCCGAAAUUACAUCCAAUGUGCACAAACUAACGAUAAACUGCUGUGUUCAAUUAAGUGCAUAAUAUAUUUAGAUAUAUAUAAAUGAAUACGUAUGAAAUAUGUAUGUUUGUGGGCCGGUUAAGAGGAACAGGCGUAUAAUUAAUGUAAUUGCGAAGCCUUACACAGUAGCAGCUGUCAUGUAUUCCUUCUUCCACAGAUAUCAUUCCCCUCAUGAGCAUGUCUUGCAGCUCCCCCCUUUUUUGUAUAAACAUAUUUUUGUACUCGUAUUCUGUGCUCUGAUAAUAAAUCGCGUUUUUUAUAUAUAU